CUCAAGAGCAAGGCGCUGGUAACCUCUGGUAACGAGGGGAUGGAGACUUGCGCUCGCUGAUUCCUGGACGCGUCGUCGGUGGCGCUGCACCGCUGUGCGGGACAAAGAUCGACUGGCCAAUCGGGGCUCGUUAUGUAAGCGCCGCCUCGCUGACGAACGCCUGCGGCACACCUCCGCCCCGCCGUAUCCAUAUAGCACGAGCCGUGGCCUGUCCGUCUUUCCCUCAACGACGACCACUAUCCCUGCAUCCACUCUGCAUCCGUGAGGCUCGCUUUCUACAGCCGGUCCACGAUGCAGUUAGCAUCGCACGGGGCGCGAGCCCUCAAACCCACCGGGGGAGGCACACUCCUCCAUACCAACCACGCUCGGUCAAUCCACGUCCCAUCCAUUCCUCGUCCCAAUGUCGGCCAACCGACCUCUACCACCCAAGCCGUCUUCAAGCAGACCCGCAAUAUCUUAUCCCGCUUUGUUGCUCACUUGACGACACCGGGCAUUUCCCGCCUGCCCGGCAGCGUCCCCGGAGCUAGUCGCUCCCUGUGCAAUGGGCCGACGCAGAUGCGUUCCAUCCAGCAAGGGCUCUCCUCCUCAGCGCGCUUCACCCUCUCCCGCCCACUGCAAGCUCCCCGCCUGCCCAAGGCACCCGCCGUCCCGCGGGGCGUCAGCCAGGUCGGCUUGGGGCUGGCACGCGACUUCUCCACCGGCCGCCCCGUCUUCCAGAACCUCGUCGAGAACGUCCCGAUCACCGGGCGCGCACUCUGGGAGGCUGACUGGGACACGCGGAUGCGGAAGGAGCAGGAGAAGAUGCGCAUGCACAAGACCGUGAAGGGCAAGGAGACGAAGAAGUCCAAGGAGAUGCUCCGCCCGCGCGAGACGACGGAGAAGGUGAAGAAGGCUUUGACCACCGCUGAGGAGCGCGAGGCCGACCUCGAGCACUACUUCCCUGCCGUCCCGCUCGAGAACCCCGAGGUGACGACCCACCUCCUCAUCCCCCUCGCUCCCGUCGCCGCGUCUGCGAACGAGUCCCGCCAGCCCCUUUCAGUCUCGCCUGCGAGCCACCCACUCCUCCCCAUCCAAGCCCUCGCGAGCAUACAUGGCACACAUAACAUCCACUCCUUGCGCGUGUCCUCGCUGUUCGCUCGAUUGGACGCCUCGCGCGUAUUUGACAGCCCGAAUGUCAAGUGCGAGGCACACGGCGACCCGUCGGGCCUAGCAACGCUCCUAGAACUCACGUUCGAGGGCUGGGACGAGAAGCGGGUCCGCAGCGUGCUCGGCGAAGCCGGCCAAGGUUGGUGCACCAUCGAGGAGGUAUGGAAGGAUCGCGAGGCAGAAGAGCAGCAGGCCAUGGACGACGCCUUAGAGACGAUGUCAACCUCAGAGGAGUCCGUGCACCCCGACUGGCAUAUAGGCGUUGAGAUCGAUCCAGCGCGCUCGAUGGUCCUCCCGACCCUCGACUUCUCCGCGUCCUUCCCCAUCGCCUCCCCAAUGGCGCUCUCGCGGCAGCCCUCAGACCUGUCCAUACCAGACGCACUCUCGGACUUCGCCUUCCAUAAUGCCUGGACUGCGUCGCACUCUCCCACCCCAAACGACAUGCAUUCCGACAGCGACAUCGACAAGUUCUCGGAGUCGGAUGUCUCGGAGUCGAGCUGGGUGCAGACUAUGUACCAGCCUGACCUCUCCGCGGUGCACGCACACGCGCCUGCGUCGGAGCGUAGCUGGUUUGGGUUCAGCUCGGAGUUUAUGGGCAGGAUGGUGGGCCCGACGGAGGAUAUGUUCUGAUCCUGUAAUACUCAUGCCGUUGGUGGAUUUCAGUCCACUGUGACUGCGUCUUUUUGACAAGCUCACGUCUCUCGUUGUAUCAAUUUCCUCUGAUUCCUUAUGUUGGAUUGUUACAGUCUUGUAAAUCACUAGUAUGCUUGGAAUAAUGGAGUUGCCUCCAUGCGA